AUGCUUACCGCUCGCUGUAUCCGCUUUUUCAUGAUCAAUAUGGUGAUUCUCUCGUUCGUCAACACCUUAAUCACCAUCCCCUACGACGUGGUGUCGCGAUAUCCCUUGGUCAACGAGAUGUCUACGUUUGUCUUUCGCAACCUGGCGGCGAUGCAACAACGGCACUUGGAGAUCGUGCGCCACGACGGCGACAUUUUUUACUCACUAGACGAUGACCCUGAGGCGCUGGCGUGGCAGGUGGUCAUGACGAUGUGGCUCAACUUCUACGCCGACUCCAUGCUCUCAACCUGCCACCCUCGGCGCCGACAACACCGCGUGCCGAUAGACAAAUGCCAAUUGAUUGGCGACCUGUUGCUCUUCCGCUUUGCUCGCGUGGUGGAGCGGUGGCUCCACGUGGGGCCCGAGUCCAACGCCGUGACGAUGUGGGUGCUUACCAUCACCUUUCUCUAUUUAUUAUUGGGCGACUUUGUCAUAUGCCAUAUUUAUUUCAUAUUCUUCAUGGGGGUGAUCCGGCGCAUCAGCCUGUACCAUAAGGUGAUCGUCAACGCGAUGAAGAUUGUGUGGAGCUCGCGCAAGUCGCUCUUCUAG